AUGAUUGGAGAACAUGACGCGUGGAAGUACAGAGAGGCCGACAUCGCCAUCGCGCCGCUCACCAUCACCUCCUCCCGCGAGAGGGUCAUCGACUUCACCAAGCCCUUCAUGACCCUCGGAAUCUCCAUCAUGAUCAAGAAGCCCGUGCAGCAGAAGCCUGGGGUCUUCAGCUUCAUGUCGCCGCUGUCCGAAGAGAUCUGGAUGUGCGUCGUCUUCGCGUACGUGGGCGUGUCCAUCGUCUUGUUCCUGGUCAGCCGGUUCAGUCCGUACGAGUGGAAGGUCAUCGAGACGUACACGAAAUCCAGCAUUACCAACGACUUCACCAUCUGCAAUAGCUUGUGGUUUACUCUGGGAGCCUUCAUGCAACAAGGGAUCGACCUCUGCCCCAGGUAUUGCACGAGCCACGAGUCCAUUUCUGCCAGCCUCCAUUACUGCCUUUUAGUCGUUGACGGCGUGGGAUUAUGGUCCCUCUCUGGCAGGAUCGUGGGGAGCGUGUGGUGGUUCUUCACCCUCAUCCUCAUCUCCUCCUACACCGCCAACCUAGCGGCCUUCCUCACCGUCGAGAGGAUGGUCACUCCCAUCAAGUCCGUGGACGACCUCGCGCGACAGACGGAGGUCGAGUACGGCACCCUCAACGGCGGCUCAUCCAAGGAGUUCUUCGAGGUGAGUGUUCUCCUGAGCGAGUCUUUGCGUUUUCUCAUCCUCAAGGGCUUCAAAGGUCACUUCAUCUAG